GGCCAACGGUGAGAUCGAUCUGUGACCGUCGAUUUGAUAUGCCCGCCCGCCCAGGGUCUAGGGCUUUAAGUGCUCGUAUCCGUCCCUGUUUCUCCCGAGGAGCGCCAUGGCGUCGCUUUGCAGAUCCGCCGCCAUGGCCACCGCGAGAUCCGUGGUGGAGCGCACCAGAUCCCUGCUCUCGAACUCCACACCGUCGCGUAGAGCUGCCUCAACCCUGAGGAGGUCCAUGGCGCCGGCACUGGGAAGCGUCGAGUCGCUGAUGCCGCUUCACAGCGCCAUUGCAUCCGCCCGUCUCAAGUCUUUCAUCGCUGUCGAUUCUUCAUGCUGGAGUUGGCUCUCCCAAGGUCUAAACAAGCGCAUCUGACCAUGGCUUGGGAGAGUGCAAGGGUGGGUGGGAAGAACAUUGCAUAUUUGCAUGACGUUCUUUGCCUUUGUGACCAAGGUGUGCCGGUGGCUUCAUGCUGCACCGGUUUUAGAUUCUCAAGCCUCUGCUUGUUUGAGAUAAUAAAAAAAAUUGUAUUGAUACAUUUCUAUUCAUCUCGAUCCCCUGAUGGAUUUAGGUGUGGUAUAUGCUUCUGGAUUGUGCUGUGUUCUUUGCAUAAAUAAAUUUGACAACACCAGUUAUUGCAGCUUCA